AUGGGUUGUUGUUUCUCUCGUCCCCGCACUGAAUACUCCGCAGGAGCUGGUGCAUCCUCUUCUCAAGCAAUCGCAUCCUCCUCGCGACCUCAAUCACGAUCAGGACUGGCUAGACCAUCAACCAAUGCCUCCACUACUAGCAAUCCUCCACGGCAUCGCCAUCGUGUUCCUCUCGAUGAACAUAUAAACAAACCCCUUCGAUCUCACGUAUGGAUGAGUGGAAGUAAACUAUGGACACGGCGGGAAAUUGAUCGAGCACGAGCAGAAUUCUUUGACACUCGUGUUUCGGGUAGACCUGAAAUAUGGCAAGCCAUAAAAGCUGCAUUGGAGGUAAUGUGGAAAGGCGGGGAGACUGGGGAAGAAGAUGGAGGGUUGGGGACUGCGCAAAUGAUUUUAAAUGCGGCAGAAAUCACACUACCUGAUGGAGAUAUGGCGGUUAGAGGAUGUUAUGAUAGUUCAGGUGCAUUAUAUCGAGUACCUGAACAUGUAGUUUCUGAUCCAGCGAAUCUGUUAGAUGAUGAUACGACGGGAACGACAGGGAAGAGUGAUGAUGAAGGAGGGAUGGCGGAAGAAAGCGAAGAAGUUGAUGAGGAGGUUCUAAGGAGGAGAGAAACAAAAGGCAAAGCCAAAGCGAAAGAAAUGAUAGCAGUAAAAGCGAGGUUCCAACAUGGUAUCAAUGGGGAUAUAGUGUUCAAGAUUGGAAAGAAUGAUUCGGUGCGCUCACUUGUCAAAGUGAUUGCGCAGAAGCUUGAGGUCUCUCCACCCAAGUAUGUCAAAAUCAACUAUAUGGGCAAGCUACUUAAAGAAAAUGCAUCAUUAGUAGCACAAGGCUGGGUGGAAGGUCACAUUGUUAAUGCUUGGAUACUUGAAUCAACCAAAAAGCAAUGA